GGCGGCCCGUCAUUUCAGAGUGGCGCAGCAGCAGCCAUGGCGGUCCACGACACCAACAUGAGGCUCAAGUUCCCCAUCCUGGCCAUCGCCUUGGAGAUUCUCACCAUCAUCCUGUAUGCCCUGUUUGUGGUCUACGACGAUGGCAGCUCGGAGCACGGCGGUCACAGCUCAUCCAGUAACCACACGGAGCAGAGCAAUGUCAGCCUUUACCCGAUGUUCCAGGAUGUGCACGUCAUGAUCUUCAUCGGCUUCGGCUUCCUGAUGACCUUCCUGAAGAGAUACAGCUUCAGUAGCGUGGGCUUCAACCUUCUGCUGGCCGGCUUCGGGCUGCAGUGGGGUCUGCUCAUGCAGGGUAUCUGGCACGGUAUUCCCAUCAAAGUGAACAUCUCUAGGAUGAUAAACGCGGACUUCAGCACAGCGACAGUACUCAUCUCCUUCGGCGCUGUUCUGGGUAAAACCAGCCCAGUCCAGCUACUGAUCAUGACAAUACUGGAAAUCACCACAUUCGCCAUCAACGAGUACGUCGUCGUGGAUUUACUCGAGGCCAGGGAUGUCGGCGCUUCCAUGACCAUCCAUGCAUUUGGAGCGUACUUCGGCUUGGCUGCAGCUCGCAUGCUGUAUCGACCCGGCCUUAGGAACGGCCAUGAGAAAGAAGGUUCCGUUUAUCACUCGGACGUGUUCGCCAUGAUCGGUACCGUGUUUCUGUGGAUGUUCUGGCCCAGUUUCAACUCUGCCAUCGCAGAUCCGGGCAAGGCUCAGCUCACUGCCAUCACAAACACCUACUUUUCCCUGGCCGCUUGUGUGCUCACGGCCUAUGCCAUCUCCAGCCUUGUGGACCACCGAGGAAAACUGGACAUGGUACAUAUCCAGAAUGCCACGCUGGCCGGAGGCGUUGCUGUGGGAACUUGCGCAGACAUGAGCAUCGAACCAUUUGGUGCCAUGAUAAUUGGCUCCUUGGCUGGGAUAAUCUCCACCCUAGGCUUUAAGUUCCUGUCCCCGAUCUUGGCAUCGAAGCUGGGCAUCCAGGACACGUGUGGCGUACACAACCUGCACGGCAUGCCGGGGAUUCUGGGUGGAGUGGCCGGGAUAGUGACCGUGGCUCUGGGCAAAGCGCAUGGUAGUGCCGGCUACCAGCUCGCUGCCCUCGGAUCUUCUCUGGGUUUUGCUGUGGUUGGAGGAGCCAUCACAGGUUUCCUUAUGAGGCUUCCAUUGUGGGGACAACCACCGGACCAGAACUGCUUUGAUGAUGCCGUUUACUGGGAGGUACCUGAAGAGGAGGAGGAGAAUGAGGAGUGCCUGGCGCAUGGAGACCACUCCAAGAACAAGGCGGAGGCCUGAAGCGAGGACAUCGCCAAAUCCAGCAGAACACCCCGAGAACGCCCUCAUGUUCAGAAAUGCCUGCUUCCCCGUGUGAGACGCGUGUCCUCGUGUGAGCGUUUUAGUCUUCCAGCUACUUCACUGCUUUAUGGUUUCUUAGUAACUGCUUAAAUGUGUAGGAUUCAGGGACGUUGUACAGAAACCACUGCUACUCAGUCGUGAGGCUGUGAUCAGAUAUGCUCUUCACACCAAUAUCAUUGGCUACCAAAGAACAUUCCCACGAGCUAAAUUACCCUGCAGGCGGCCAACUCACCAUUAUAAUGAUAUCAAAUCAAAUUAAUGUUUAUUUAUCAAAUGCGUAACAGUACAGCAAACAGCAGGAGUUUCAGACAGUGAAAUGAGUAAAUAUGAAUGAGCUAGAAUGAUUUGAUAUAAAAAGGAGCUGUAGUACACAUUCAUUUUCUGAAUAGUUUAGACUGACAUUAGUUAUCAUGUCAGAAGCAAGACUGCAAUUUAUUUACCUAAAAUUUAAUAUAUUUAGCAGACACUUUUACCCAUAGCGAAACACAUAUUAGAGAGAGCAGGAUCAGACAGUCCUUGGAGCAACUGGGGGUUAAGGGCCUUGCUAAGAGGCCCCAUGGUGAUGUCACUCUCCGACCCUGGGCUCCAAACCAACGACCUUCUUGUCACACGCACAGUAUCUUAACCCGCUGAGCUGCCCCCAUCACUCCCAUGAUGGUAGAUCAUACCUCGAGAAAUGGAGGAUAGAUCAGAUAGGGCACAGCUCUUUAAAUCCAAAUGAGCUCCCAGAAGGUCUGCAGGAGGUCUGCGGAGGACUGAACAAGACUAGAACCUAAAACUGGAGCCAGGAACUGAGAUACAUCUAAUCCCCGGGGACAGACAGGCAGGUCUACGGCGUAUAUCCACUGCGUUAAACCCAGCUUUACCUCAUUAUGUAUAUAUGAAAGGACGUGGUCCAUUUCUCUUCAGUCUUAUCAUCCACUAAAAUGACAGACGUCUUGGUUUGGCGACAGUUUGAGGACACUCAGUACUCUAUCGUUAAAGACUUUUCACACACACUGGACUGAAUAAUUUUUCUGAUUUAAAAGAGGUUCAAUAAGACAAACUCUUCAUUUAGUGGGACAAAUAAACUUGAAAUGGGACUGAUAAUAGUUAGGCACUUGUGUGAAAGUUGUAAUAUUCCUAAAGGCAGCAAAAUCUACAAUAUGAUAUAUGUAUGAAAGAAAAAUUGUGGAGUUUAAAAUGUAUAAAUACUGUCAUAAAUAUUAUAUAACUUUGUAUUAAAUUGUGCCAUUUUCUGUACUUGCUUAUUUUUAAAGGCUGUACGAAUUAUACAUAUGAAAAUGGUCACGUACAUUUUUAGUAAAUGUGUCAAACCUA